UAUAAAAAGAUAACAUUGAGGCGACAUUUCAGAACGACGUUUAGUUGAGGGGUUUACAUACAUUUUUACCAAAACGAACGAAUAAUAAUAAAAUAAAAUAUUAAAACCCUCAAUUAAAACUCCCCAAACUCGAUCUUUAUCGCUUCCUCUUCUUCUUCUUUUUCUUCUUCGUCGUCGUCCUCCUCCUCCAACAAUGGCGGCGGCGCUGCGUCGAAACCCUAGAUUCCUCCUCCUCCUACCUCGCACCCUCUCCUCCUCCUCCUCCUCCUCCUCCUCGUCCUCUUCCAUGGCCGAGCCCACGUCGCGGAUCAAAUCCGCGAUCCGCUCCGCCGCGGACCCCGAGCGCGUCGCCGACAUCUUCCUCUCCGCCGCGCGCUCCCCGGCCUUCUUCGGCGACCGCCCCCUCUUCUUCCUCGCCGUAGGCCGCCUCUCCGCCGCGCGCCGCCCCGACCUCGUGGAGCGCCUCCUCGAGUCCUCGCUCUCCGACCCCCUCGCGCCCUCCGCCUCCGAGGGCUUCCUCGUCCGCGUCCUCACCCUCUACUCCCGCGCCUCCAUGCUCGACCACGCCGUGCGCACCUUCUCCCGCAUCGCCUCCCCCGUCCCCGACCGCGCCCUCUGCGCCCUCCUCUCCGCCUACUUCGACAACCGCCGCACCGACCUCCUCCGCGAGGCCUUCGACCGCGUGCCCGCCGAGCUCACCAUCGCCCCCGGGGUCGCCUCCUACAACGUGGUCCUCAAGGCGCUCUGCUUCGACGGCGACGUCGACGCCGCGCGCAAGGUGCUCGACGAAAUGCCCGAGAGAGGAGUGAGCCCCGACAUCGUCUCCUACAACGAAAUCCUCAACGGCUAUCUCAGGAAACAAGACGAGGUCGCCUUUGACGAGUUCCUCAAGCACAUCCACUCCAAAGGCCUCAACCCUAACAUAGUCACCUACAACUGUAGAAUCUCCCUCCUCUGCGCCAAAGGAAGGACCUUUGAGGCCGAGGAGCUUCUCGACGCCAUGAUCUCGAAGGGGAUAAACCCAAAUCGCAAAACCUUCAAUGCCCUGAUCUCUGGGUUCUGCAGCGAAGGCGAAGUGGGCGCGGCCGCGGCGGCCUUCAAAAGGAUGAAGGAGAUGGAGAAUGUGUCGCCGAACUUCGAGACGUACAUAAUGCUCAUUCGCGGGCUCGUCGGGAAGGGAGUGCUCGGCCCCGCAGUGGAGAUCUGCAAGGAGUGCUUGGACCGGAAGUGGGCGCCGCCGUUCCAGCCGGUCAAGCGGUUGAUCGACGGCCUGGUAGAGGAUUCGCAGGCGGAGAAGGCGAAGGAUGUCGUCGCGAGGAUGAGGAAGGCGGUUAAGGGCAAUGCCGCCGAAGAGUGGAAGAAAAUUGAAGCUGCAUUUGCUUUCUAAGUUGUCAAAGUUACUAUUGAGUUAUGUUAUGAACAUGCCAGAAUUUACUAGUGACAGAUAGAUACAUUAACUCAUUCCGAUCACUUUUUGUUGACUGAAUUUCACGAUGACCGUGAUUUGUGUCAUUCGAUGCAAUUCUAGUAUUGAAUGGUAUCCAAUAAGUUAUUUAUGUUGAUUUAGAUAGUGAAUAUUUGCAUGAAUUAGAAGUCAUCAUUUUUGUGGGUUUA